CCAUAAACAAAAUAUGAUGCAUGCUAAGAUACAUUAAUAAUACACCAGAUACUGCUACAACUAUUGUACAAGUACAAACAAUAGCAAUGGAUUAUUAUGUGGAUGGAAUUUUGGAACAAAAUGUGUAGAUAGAACAUGCGAUAAACUAUUGAGCACAAAUACGAACACAGAUAUAACUUGUGCUAAUUAUUUAUAAAAAAAUAUUUUAACAUUAUCAAAUGAUAUUUAUAAAUUAGCUGGAAACUUUUGCUGUUUACCAAAUAAACCUAGCUGUGAUUAUGCUUUCCUACAGGAGUCAACACUGAUACACUCAAAUUAGCUUAAUGUUAGAAAUACGUUAAUGGUAAAGGAGAAUUUUGUUCAUUUAAAGUUGUUGAUGGUACUUGCACUCUCUAAAGCACUUUUGAAAAGAUAGUUGUCUAAAUAAAAGCAUGUUCAAAUUAUUCCACACUAUCUGAUGCCAAUAAAAAACCGCUUGUGA